AUGUUCGAAGCCGUGGUGGUGGCCUGCGGGAGCGUGGAAACAGCUGCCAAGCUGGACAUGGAGAUCAACUCGGAGGUGUACGCGAGCGCGGUGGAUGGAGUCCUGACGAAGGGAUCGUUCGCCUGGAGGCCGAAACUCUGCGCACUGUCCGUCAAUCCCACCAUGUACAACCUGGCAAAGCAGAUAAGCGGCGGAAAGGUUGCCCCGUCCGCCCAGGGAAAGAGGCCGAGCAUCGUGUACGACCACCACCUCAGCAGCGCCGGCCAGGAUGCAGAGGUCCUCGAGGUUGACGACCUCCCCGAGUUGGCCGUGGAAGACGAAGGACUCCGGGGACACGCUCGGGGAGAAGGAAGUCCAGCAUGGGGCGCAUCUCCCUCAUCGAGAGCAGCAUGA